ACCAAAUCCAUACACACAUAUAGCACCAAAUCAAACACUAUUUCAUUUUUCAUUUUAUAAUUUUUAUCUUCACAUAAUAAGGGCUUCAUUUUAGUUUCUCUCUUUGUGCCUCUAAGUUGAGUCACUUGCAAGGCAUCCAUAAUUUCAUAAGAACAGUUACAGAGAGUUUUGACGAGCAAAAAUGGAUCAAGAACUGUGUGAGAAGAGUGAAUUGAGAUGCAUGUGGGCCGGCAUUUUUAGCAUCCUUAACUCCAGCCAAGGCUACCCGAGUCCUUUUAAGCUGAUUUCGAGCAGAUGGGAAGUGAAAUCGAACAUUACCGGUAAGUCAAGAAAGGUAGAUAAUCAACCUGCAUUUGUUGAAGAAUGUCAAAAAGCUAAAACCAAAGAAGCAGCUAACAGUGCCAGUGAAAAAAGUGUGAGGAGCCUCAUUCAGGAUGAUUUGUAUAUUGACAGCCAAAAAAACAAGAAGUUUCCCAUUAAAUAUUGUAAACUGCCCAAAGCAGCUUCCAAACUUACAGAUCGCUCGUUAAAACCUCACAAGCAAGCUAGAAAGACGAGCCAUUUGAGUGCAUAUCGGUCAAAUCAGUCAACUUCCAAUGACAAAAGCUCGAUCGACAAUCAUCAUCAGCCUUCAAACUCACCAGAUUCCGACGAGAAAAUCAUGCAGCAGGCUCGAAUGACAAUAAAGGCUUUUAUCGACCAAAUGUUUGUUGAUGGCAAAUUCGUACGUGAAAAAAAAACGAGCACCGAGCCAUUGCCCUUCUCAGAUGCAUUGCAAGUAUUGAGAGUGAAUAAUAGGAAGGAUUCAUUAGUGGAUCAUUUGCAAGAACCGGAUUCUCAUAAGAAAUCUAAUGAGAAAAACGAGAAAACCGCGAUUUUCUCUGUUCGGGAAAUGAAGCACAAAUUGAAGCAUUUGAGAAAAGAAGCUCCUCAAAAAAGAUCAGAUUUUGAAAAUGUCUGUCGAGUUAAGAAAAUCGAGCUCAAGGAGCCGCCGGAGGCCAUGCGGACCAAAAUCGAUUUUUCGAUUUCAAGAUUUUCGAAAAGAGAGGAGUUUGAUUUAGCUGUUGAGAUAAAAAAACGACGCCUGUCAGCAAGACUAAAGAGCUUAACCGAACAUGAGUUCUUCCUGAGAAGGGAUAACCAGUGUUCUUGUUCUCCACGUACGAAAUUAAAGGUUCAAGAUAGCUUUCACCAACCUGAAGAAAGAAAGAUUUGCUUAAGUCCAGUGAGAAAAACUGGUGAAGAGGUUAUUAUUACAUCACGCGAAGAUGAAUGUAAGAAAUCUGAUGAAGAUUCCUCUCUGACAAGAAGCACUGAUGAAGAAGAUUCCUUACAUGAAAGCAGCAAUUCAGAAAUUGGAUAUAUGGGGUUUAAUGGAGAAAGUGAAACACAUAUAGUAGAAACAAAAAACAUUUGCCAUUCAGAUGGUACUGUAAUAACAGAUUCUACAUCGGACUUACUUUCGGAAAAUGACACAUUUACGAGCACAACAGACGAUCUUCCAUCCACUCCAAGAAGUGCCCACAGCUUAAACACAUCCGAAAACAUCAAAAAUCACGAUGAGCAAGAAAGCCCGGUUUCUGUUCUCGAGCAAUUGUUCUUCGCAGAAGAUGCUAAUAAUAAUAGUCCAUCAAAUAUCACGCUCCAAACCGGCAGAAAGAGAUCACAUCCUAGAUGUCUUCAUUUCGAACGAUUCUCAAUCGAGUCAUAUCCCCAAGAUCAACCAAUGACCGAAAAUGCCUACAUUGAUAAGAAAGAUUACAUAUCCAAAUACGUGCAAUUGGUGCUUCAAAGUUCUUUUUUAAACUGGGAGCAGCUAUCAGAAAUCGGUCCACGGCCUCAAAAGCUUCUCCAUUCAUCCUUAUUUGAUGAAAUAGAGUUUUUGACUUCUGAUCAUCAUCAUAUCAAUCAUAGGCUUCUUUUUGAUCAUGUGAAUGAAGUUUUACUGGAAAUACACAGGUCCCAUUUCUCGUUUUUCCCCUGGCCAGAGUUUUUUAAACCAAAAAAGUGUAUUUUGCCACUGGAAAAAUUCGUACUUGACGAGAUAAUGAGAAAGACUGCAGAUUACAGUUUACUUACUUCGACUGAGGGAAGAACAGUGGACCAGCUUCUCGCGAAUGAUGUCUCGGAUUCAAGAUCCUGGAUUGAUGCCCGAACUGAAACUGAAUAUAUUAUGAUUCACAUUUCGGAAGAUAUUCUCGAAGAAUGUGUGUUGGAUAUCAUACUCGGGUCUCGUUCGUGA